CCGUUUAUUUGUUGAUUUUCGUGAUAUCAUCAAAAUGUCAUUAUUGUUAUUUAUCAAAAUUUUCCAGAUGUCUUGAAUAACACAUCAAUCAUUACUUUCACAGUUUUAACCGCAGUUUUUGUAGAAGAAGUACUUCUGAACGCAUAUUCCCCAUCUGUUAACAAGUGUUUACUUAUUCAAAAUCUGUUAGAAAUUAGGUUUUUUUUUUCAGGAAGACAGAGCAAUCAUUGUAGCCCUUAGAAGUUUUCCAGCAACCUUGCCGUUACUUAUGUUCCUAGACCAUUUUUCAUGCUGUUGGCGUGAUUAAUGUGAGAAAACCUGUAUAACAUACCUUUUCCUGCAUCAUUAGUAGUAGCACUUAAUAAGUAACAAAACAGCCGUAACAAAAGAUGAGCAGUCACUCGUCAAUGAUGGACAACAGCGACUCCGAUGAAAGUCCUUUUCAAAUCCUACCUGUUGAGGUUUUUCUGCAUAUAUGUUCCUUCCUAGACACAAGAUUUUUACUUAAAACUCUGCGACUGGUGUGCACCAGAUUCAAUACAAUUUUGUCAGACGAAUCUGUAUGGAAAUUACGAAUCGCAAGGUUGAUAUCUGUCAAUCCUUGUACGCAAUCUGCCAUAGACAAAUUGAGUGAUUACUUUAGUUGGAAAGAACUAUCUUACCACAUAGAUUACCAGAGAUAUUUAUGGGGCAAAAAUGGAGCAAAUAUGCGUCGAAUCAAGUGGCAAGAUAUUCACUACUCCUCUGUCGAUUGUGUUAAGCUCAUUAAGGGUGGAACGUUAUGUCUUUCUGGCUCUCGAGAUCGUGCAAUCGGUGUGUGGAAUGUGGAGGAUGAGAGUCCAGCUCCACUGAUCCUGUCAACAAGUGCUCAUGAUGGUUGGGUGUGGAAUUUUGCCGUGCAGUCUGACGAGCAGUUUUACUCGGCAUCUUGGGAUCACUCUGUGAAGCAAUGGAAUUUAAACGUCACUCUGGAUGAAGUUGCUAGAUUCCCCGUAAAAACUGCAGCACUGUGUGUUGACUGUAGAGAGGAUCUCAUAGUUGCCGGUACAUACUCUCCACAAGUGGUUUUGUUCGAUCCUCGGGCUGGUCCAACGCCCUUAAAGCAAUACACCUCGCACAGGCAAUCUGUCAUUGCAGUUUGCUUAGUUGAUAAUUACAUCGUCUCAUCCAGUUCUGAUCAGACUGUCUCGGUAUAUGACCUUCGAACUGAUUCAGUCAUUUUUCAGAACAUUAUGAGAAAAAGGAACAGAGGCAACUUUGGCAAAAGCCUGUCUCACAAGUACAACUUGUUGUAUGUUGGUGAUAACGUAGGAAACCUUCACGUAUUUGACUCCAAAGAUGGAUCCUUCUCACAUAUUCAGACAGCACAUAUAGAAAACGUGAACGUCAUAGAUACGGAUGUUGACCAAACACCACCAGGUCAUGCAACCAAUCAAGUCUCAUCUAUUUGGCAUGGCCCUGGCUGUGUAAUUGUAGGAAGUACAAAUAAAUAUGUUCGUGUUCUUACUGCAACUUUGCCUCACAUGUUAAUCGCGCAUUUGCCAUAUUCGGGAGAAGUUACAUCUGUUGAUUACAACAACUGCACCCUAGCAGUUGGCACCACUGACAAUACAGUGGAAGUGUGGAAGCCCAAAAACCCUGAAAGCUAAACAACAAAACUAACUCUAAAAGCAGUAAAUAUUUCGCAGCAUCCAUCCUGGUAUUUCCCACACAUUUCUUCUAAAUAUUUUAGUAUUUGCUUUUUCUUAAAAACAAUUUUGUUAGAAAUGAAUUUCGAACAAAUCUGCCAAUUCAAGGCAAGCCUGACUCGAGCAAAGCUGAUUUAAAUUCUGUUUCGUUCUUAGGUUGAAUCUCUUGAAGGAUCAGAAUAGUAUGUUUAUUGAAGCUUACCGAUUUCAAUAUCAUUAAAACCAAUGUAUCUUAAGCGUAACUUUACGCUCAAAAAUAAGAUGAUUUUUGUCUGCGUAUCUGCAAGGCCUGAAUUUUGUUGACCUACACUUUACCUCAUAUCAAGUGAACACAAUCCAGAGUCACAGAGUAUAGCCAAUCAAGGAGUUUACACUUAACUAAUGGGCGGUUUGAGCCAGCCAUAUCUUACGCUCAGUCGGUCAGUAUUCAAUUCAGGCUCUGGUAUUGGUUUUCCCCUUUUGUAUCAAUGUAAUUGAAGAGGAACGUAAUGGAGUCUGAGCCGUAAGAGCUU